AUGAACACACAGUCUUACGGAGUAACUCCUCCCAUAUCCUUAUCGGAUCCCACAUCGAAGGAGAAAGAGCUAAAUGACCUAUUGAUAAAGGAGUUAAAAUUAAGGGGUUCAUAUGAAAGCGAAUCUGCCACGUUAAAACGAGUUGAGGUAUUAACCACACUUCAGAAGCUUACAGAACAAUUUGUUUACGAAGUUUCGCUUCAAAGAAAUAUGUCUCAGGGUAUGGCAAAGGACGCAGGCGGAAAGAUAUUCACUUUCGGCUCUUACAAACUAGGGGUCUAUGGUCCUUCCUCCGAUAUAGAUGCACUCGUGGUGGUGCCACGACACGUCACAAGAGAUGAUUUCUUCACGGUUUUCGAGAAAAUUCUUAGAGGUAGACAGGAACUUGAGGAGAUCAACUGUGUGAAGGAGGCAUUCGUUCCCAUUAUCAAAUUGGAAUUCGCGGGCAUCUCGAUUGAUUUACUCUUCGCCAAAUUGGACAUUCCUAGAGUUCCUCAUGAUUUGACGUUAGACGAUAAGAACUUGUUGAAAAAUAUCGAUGAAAAAGACAUGCGUGCACUCAAUGGUACUCGUGUCACGGAUGAAAUAUUGAGAUUAGUACCUAAACUGACCGUGUUCAAAAAUGCAUUGCGAUUUGUAAAGAUGUGGGCACAGCAGAGAGCCAUAUACGCCAAUGUCUAUGGUUUUCCUGGAGGUGUUGCUUGGGCUAUGUUGGUGGCUCGUAUUUGUCAGCUCUAUCCGAAUGCGGUUAGUGCAGUGAUUCUAGAGAAAUUCUUUCAAAUAUAUUCACAAUGGAGCUGGCCCCAACCUGUGCUUUUAAAGCAGAUCGAAGAUGGGCCAUUGCAGGUAAGAGUAUGGAAUCCGAGGCUAUAUGCUAUGGACAGACAGCAUAGGAUGCCAGUGAUCACUCCAGCGUAUCCCUCCAUGUGUGCGACACACAAUAUUACUAGCUCAACGCAGAAGAUAAUUAUGAGCGAAUUUGAUAGAGGUGUGGAGAUCAUGAAUGGAGUGGUAUCUGGUCAAAAGCUGUGGUCGGAUUUAUUAGAGAGGCAUGAUUUUUUCCACAAGUACAAGUUUUAUUUGUGUGUCGUGGCCGCAACAAAGUCAAACACUGAGGAACACCUGAAAUAUAGCGGUAUGGUUGAGAGUAAGCUAAGAUUAUUGGUUCAAAAGUUAGAGCAGGUUGAGGGAGUCGAAUUGGCACAUCCUUAUGUCAAGUCUUUUGAAAACGGGUAUCAAUGUAAAUCUGACGAAGAAGUUCACUCCAUCGUCAAUGCAUACGGGACUUCACGAGGUGAUGAAAUUGCCACGCAACUUGUGUCUUUGAACGAACCCAAAGCGGAAGAUAGUACAAUAGAAGUAAAUUUGACUAAACUUUACAUCGGAUUGAAACUAAAUUUGACAAAAGAUGGCGAGAAAAAGCUAGAUAUACAGUAUCCCUGUGCAGAAUUUUUUUCCAUAUGCAAAAAUUGGUCAGAAUUCGACCCCUCAAUGCACUUUAUUCAAAUCAAAAAUGUAAAGUUGUAUGACUUACUGUCUGCUGUUUAUAUCGAAGGCGAACAGAGGCCCGUGAAAGCGGCCAAAAGAAAGCGUUCGCUAUCAAAAGACGUAGGAAAGAAAAAAGCUAGAAAUUUAGAAUCCAUCACAUCUACUAGUUAA